GGGUAAAAAUGUUAAGUCUACCAGACCUGCAGGUUAACUCAGCUUCACUUCUCUCACCUUUUCUUCUCUUCCUCCAGAGUCAAAAACGAUCCUAUGGACUGCCACUGUAAUGAAAGUGCACACCUUGGAGGAGCUGCACUGCAACAACUGCUUCGGCGACCUAGACACCAAGAAGUCCUCCGUGCACCGCAAGCACGAGACGUCCCGCAAAGAGGAGGAAAACAAGUCCCGCUUACCUGCGCUCGAAGCCGCCUACACCAGCAUCCUCCACGAGCUCGGGGAGGACACGGACCGACAGGGACUGCUGCGCACGCCGCUACGCGCCGCCAAGGCCAUGCAGUUCCUCACCAAGGGCUACCAUGAGAACAUCCACGACAUUUUAAAUGAUGCCAUAUUUGACGAAGACCACGAUGAGAUGGUGAUUGUGAAGGACAUAGAUAUGUUUUCACUGUGUGAACAUCACCUGGUGCCCUUUUAUGGCAAGGUUCACAUCGGGUACAUUCCCAACAAAAAAGUGGUGGGACUAAGCAAGCUGGCAAGGAUUGUGGAGCUCUUCAGUCGGAGGCUCCAAGUUCAAGAGCGUCUGACCAAGCAGAUUGCCAUGGGAAUAUCAGAGGCCCUGCAGCCAAAAGGUGUAGCUGUGAUUAUUGAAGCAGUGCACAUGUGUAUGGUCAUGCGUGGCGUCCAGAAGAUGAACAGCCGCACAAUGACGAGCGCCAUGGUGGGACUUUACCUCGAAGACCCCAAAACCCGGGAGGAGUUCCUGACCCUUUCAAAGCACACUUAACAAAUGUCAUACACCAUUCACUCCAAAGCCUCUUUAUACAGUUGCACACUGAAAGCUCUAGAGUAACAGUGCAUCCACAACUGACUUUACUUUAAGAAAACAAAAACUAAUAGCAGGAAACAUGCUGGAAACAACAAAGCUGCUGUUUGAUGCUGUAUCCAAGCCUACUCUGGAGCUCACCUCAAAAUGCCUGGUAGAUUUCAAUCCUGUUGCUGAAAUCUAUCAUUUGAAAUCACUGUGAACAUUAUAGGAAAUGAGAGACACAUUUUUGGUGCCUUUGGUAGAUAUUUUAUAGUCUUACAUGGCAAUAUCAAAACAAAAUGCCACAUUCUUUAAGCAAAAUCUUAACUAAUGUGGCA